AUGUCAGAAAAGCUAGCUGGUUAUCCAGAAAAGUUAUUGUGUCCAUGCAAAGUUUGUCGAAACUUAAGUCACCAAUGUAUUAACAUUUUGUAUGAACACUUAGUCAUUUAUGGGAUUGAUCCAACAUACAAAAUCUGGUUUCAUCAUGGGGAAGAAUUAUCAAGAGAUGAUGAUGUAGAGACAAUGGAAACAUUUGAUUCUUACAACUUGUUUAGGGCUACAAAUAUUGAUGGUUGUGAUUUUGAAAGUCAUCUAGAAGGUCAUGAUGACACUUUUAUGGAAAAAAUAGAAGAUGCAGACACUCCAUUAUAUCCACAAUGCACUAAAUAUACUAAGUUAUCGUCAAUUGUUGCAUUGUAUAAGGUUAAAACUACCAAUGGAUGGUCUGACAAAAGUUUUGAUGAAUUGUUAAGACUUUUGAAUGAUAUGUUUCCUUUAGAUAAUAUGAUCCCCAAGUCUAUGUAUGAGGUUCGAAAAUUUCUUCGAUUAUUUGAUUUAGGAUAUGAAAAGAUUCAUGCGUGUGUUAAUGAUUGCUGUUUGUUUAGAAAAGAUAAAGAAAACUUGCAAGAAUGUCCAACAUGUGGAACCUCACGUUGGAUGUCAGAUAAGAUGACUAAAAAGGUUCGACAUGGUGUCCCAGCAAAAGUUUUGAGGUACUUUCCUAUAAUCCCUAGGUUGAAACGGAUGUUCAUGUCUAAAAGAAUUUCAAAGGAAUUAAGAUGGCAUCACAACAAUAAAAGUUGCGAUGGAAAAAUGCGUCACCCAGUGGAUUCAGCAGCAUGGGAGCUAGUCAAUGAUAAAUGGCCAUCAUUUUCAAAUGAAGAGAGAAAUAUUAGACUUGGCCUUUCCACAGAUGGAUUUAACCCAUUUAGACCUAAACAGCAUGGGAAUGAUAUUGAUAUAUACUUAGAACCCCUCAUAGAGGACUUGAAAUUAUUAUGGAAUGAGGGUGUUGAUGCUCAUGAUGCAUUGGACAACACAAAUUUCAAGUUGCGGGCUAUUUUGAUGUGGACAAUCCAAGAUUUUCCAGCAUACGAGAACCUUGCUGGUUGUAAAAAUAAGGGAUGUUUUAGUUGUCCCCUAUGUGGUUAUGGUACUCAUUCAGAGUGGCUAAAACAUAGUGGGAAGUUUUCAUAUCGAGGUCAUCGGAAAUUUCUUAAAGAAGACCAUCCAUUUCGGAGUAAAAGAAAGAAAAAUGUUUGUGAAAGCAUCUGUAAUACAUUGCUAGAUGUUGCUGGAAAAAGUAAAGAUGGACUAAAAGCUCGCUUGGAUUUGCAACAUAUGGGUAUUAGGAGUGCAUUACACCCACAAGAGAAGGGGACUAGAACCUAUCUUCCUGCAGCUUUACACACACUAUCAAAGCUUGAGAAAGAAUUAUUUUGUAAAAGGUUGUUCUCAUUGAAAGUACCUGAUGGAUAUAGUUCAAAUAUUCGAAAUUGUGUUUCAAUGGAACAAUGCAAGCUCAUGGGCCUUAAGUCACACGAUUGCCACAUUUUGAUGCAACAAUUACUACCGGUGGCUAUAAAAGGAUUGAUGCCAUUGGAUCCAAGAGAUGCUAUAAUAAGAUUAUCCACGUUCUUUAAUCGAAUAUGUCAACGUGUUCUUGAUAGAGAAAGCAUAAUGACAUUAGAAAAUGAUGUUAUUGAAACUUUAUGCUUACUAGAGAGAUUCUUUCCACCAUCAUUUUUUGAUGUCAUGAUUCACUUAGUGGUUCAUAUCGGACGAGAAGCACGACUAUUUUAUGUGAACAUUCUAUUAAUGAUGAGCAAUUGUGUGAUUAAUAGACGCAUGAAGAUAUUGAAAGAUUAUGUCAGAAAUCGAGCAAGGCCUGAAGGUUGUAUUGCAGAGUGUUAUCUUGCAGAUGAGUGUGUGAGCUUUUGUAAUGAAUUCACUGACCAUUCAAUUGAACUAAACACAAAAGAAGGUCGAAAUGAAGAGUGGUCAAAUGAUGUGAUACUUGAAGGUCGUCCAAUUUCUAGGAGGAAAGAAAUUAUAUUGACAGAUGAGUUGUUAGAAAUUGCACAUCGAUACAUUCUGUUAAAUACAUCUGUUGUGGAGCCUUUUCUAGAGUAA